AUUCAGAUAUAUCUGAAAAGGCUACUGAAGUAUCAAAUGUUUUCUGUCCACGCAGGCAGUUUGGAAAAGCUGGGAGGUUACACGUGAGAUUAACAACACUGGCAAGUCGUCAGAAUCAAAUGUUCUUGAUUUUGUCAGACACGUCCCAAACAACGAUGAGACCUGCUUCUCUUUUCUUUUAAGAGAUCAAAUUCAUUCCAGUGCCAAAGUAAAAAUUUAAAAAAAGUUAUAAUUUAAUAUUUAGUGGGUGCUUGGCCUUAAUCUCUACCAACAUGUUCAGGCAAUUUGAGCCAACAGCUGGCCUGCACAUCACAUGACAGUCAGUGUUUUUGGAAGGCAUGACACUGAGGAUGUGUUUGCGGCACUUUGUUGCCACUGUAUUCUUGCAACACUAGUUCUGGCAUCGCCUUCGCAGCUUCGCGUGGACCGAAGUCUCGUGGACGGAUACGGCUGCAGGUUUACAAAAACAACAAUGCUGCAUGGAAUGUUGCAGAGUAAAGCGUUUUUAUUGGGCCAUGUGAUGCAACCGUGAAGCAAAUCAAACAACAACUUCCCGGACUUUCCCCAGCUGGAACUAAACUGUGAGAAAAGUCGAUCCCCGGUUACUACGACUGGGUGACUUUGCCACUUUUUGUUCCUUAAUGUGAGCGAACCGAGGGGCCUCUCUGGGUAGCACUCGAGGAAAAAAGUGUAAUGGUGUUACACUGGGUGUACAAGGUGGGAAACCUUGAAUAAUGUGGGAUGAGAGCAAGCCAGAGAGGCCAAUCCGAGUCAGCCAGUGGGUCACCAGGAGGUGAGGCUGCCUACUUCCUUGGGUUCAGGAAAAGUUCAGCCGCAUAGCAUUAGGCAAAUAAGGGAGACAGCGGCUGGGGGAGAAAAAAAAUUGGAGGGUAGGGACUGAUGAGAGCAUGGGGGAAAGGGUCAAAUUAGUUGGAAGGAGGAGCCCAAAUAAAGAGAACUUCCAGGAAAAAAAAAAAAAAAAGGGAGUGAGAGAGAGUUACAUUCUGUUGCAGCACUCAUUAUGUCCAUGAGCUGCGCGUAAAGAUAUGAAAGACUAAUUACUGAGCUUAUAUAACUUAAUCAUGUCCUCAAAUACGUUCCUAUUUAAAGUCCCCGCUGCUCAAUUUGAGGGAGGGCUCCCCCUCACAAUCACGCAGGGCCCGUGUUUCACAGAGAGGGAGAUCCACGGUGACGUCCCUGAAGGGGUUAAACGGAGGAGGAGCAAACGCAUGAAAGGCACUGAGGGGAGGCAGGAGGAGGAAAAAAAAAAGAGAAGAAAAAAAAAAAAGAAAAAGAGCCGAGUGGAGGUGGAGCCAAAGCCCUCAGCUGCUGUGCCUUGUCACAUUUCUGCAGAACAUGAUAGCCGCACGGUUUGGUGUGGGAAUGAUUUCUCUCUCCAAAUACAAACAAGGCGGUGCUGCGCGUUUCGUGCGAACCUGGAUGUCGGAGAGCGCAGUGUGACCGUGGAGAGCCACUGGUUGUUGUGGUGCGCAAAGCAAAAAAAAAGAGGAGACCGGUUCAUUCACGGAGCUGACAGGAGUCCACCCACGGCGGGCGCAAACGGGACAACCGACCAUAACCCAAAAGGACGAACUACAACUCCGCGGAAUUCCCUCUCCUCAUAUUUGCGCCUCAUCCAUAAUUUCCUUUUUUUUUUUUUUGGACUUUUGGAGAUCUUUAUUUUCUGGGAUUGUAUGCGUUUUUUUUUUUUUACCCCUCUCUCUCUCUCUCCUCUUUGUCGUGUGGAUACCAGCCUCAUAUGUUGCUCUCUGUUUGAGCAAAGGCCGAUUUUAUUCCACCGAAGUUGUCCGAGUGCUUGUAGAUUCAUCCUCCUGCGCGUCGUGUCCCUCCAAUCGGACACAAUGCAGAAUGUUCUCCUAAAUUAUGUUUUCAAAUUGAGCGCAGCCGACUAGGCUAAAUCAGACACCCUCGGGUUUAUUUUUUUUAUUUUUCAUCCAUCAGUACAGCGCUGUGAGAAGAUGCCAAAUGUUCAAAUGUUCCCGCUGCGUUUGGAUUUACCACUUUUCCCUCGAUUUUAAUGCAGUUUCGCUCCCCGUCUGGGUCCCCUCCGAUCCUACCUCUGCUGGUGGCGAGCUGAAAACCCCCCCCGAGGCUCGCGUGUUCCUGCGUGCGUGACAAUAGUUCGCUUUUUUAAUUUUGUAUUUUUUGGGGGGUAAUAUUCCCCUGCUGUCGCCCUGCUUCGUAUGAUGUAUGAGAGCGUGGACGUUGUGGGACUGAACCCCAGCCCGAACCCGUUUUUAAUGAUGGAUUACUACAACCAGAGCAGAGGAUGCUUGAUCCCGGAGAAAGGACUGGUGCCCGGAGCGCCCCAUCCCUACAGCACGUCCAUCAGGAACCAGCACUGGAACGGCUCCAAUCACUCGAUAGAGACCCAGAGUACCAGCUCGGAGGAGAUAGUGCCAAGCCCGCCCUCACCUCCCCCGCCACCCCGCGUCUACAAGCCCUGCUUUGUGUGCCAGGACAAGUCCUCAGGGUACCACUAUGGUGUCAGCGCCUGUGAGGGCUGCAAGGGCUUCUUUCGGAGAAGCAUCCAGAAGAACAUGGUGUACACUUGUCACCGGGAGAAGAACUGCAUCAUCAACAAAGUCACCCGCAAUCGCUGCCAGUAUUGUCGGUUGCAGAAGUGCCUGGAAGUGGGGAUGUCAAAGGAGUCGGUGAGGAAUGAUCGGAACAAGAAGAAAAAGGAUGAGAAGAAGCAGGAGUGCACAGAGAGCUACGUGCUGAGUCCUGACACAGAACAGAUGAUCGACAGGGUUCGCAAGGCACACCAGGAUACUUUCCCCUCUCUCUGCCAGCUGGGCAAAUACACUACGACCAACAGCUCGGAACGACGCGUAUCUUUGGACGUAGAUCUGUGGGACAAGUUCAGUGAACUUUCAACCAAGUGCAUCAUAAAGACAGUGGAGUUUGCGAAGCAGCUGCCCGGCUUCACGACGCUUACCAUCGCCGACCAGAUCACUCUGCUCAAAGCCGCAUGUCUGGACAUCCUGAUACUGCGGAUCUGUACACGCUACACACCAGAGCAAGACACAAUGACUUUCUCAGAUGGACUCACGCUAAACCGAACCCAGAUGCACAACGCCGGCUUUGGUCCCCUUACUGACCUGGUUUUUGCCUUCGCCAACCAGCUCCUUCCUCUGGAGAUGGACGAUGCAGAGACGGGGCUGCUCAGCGCCAUCUGUUUGCUGUGUGGAGAUCGACAGGACUUGGAAGAGGCAGACAAGGUGGACAUCCUGCAGGAGCCCCUUCUGGAGGCGCUGAAGAUUUAUGUAAGGAAGAGGAGGCCCCAUAAACCGCAUAUGUUCCCCAAGAUGCUCAUGAAGAUCACGGAUCUGAGAAGCAUCAGUGCUAAAGGAGCUGAGCGUGUCAUCACUCUGAAGAUGGAGAUCCCCGGCUCCAUGCCGCCUCUCAUCCAGGAGAUGCUGGAGAACUCAGAAGGUCUGGAGUGCGGGGCAGCAGGCGGCCGGCCCAGUGGAGCCCCUCCAGGCAGCUGCAGCCCCAGUCUGUCCCCCAGCUCUGCCCAAAGCAGUCCAGCCACACAAUCGCCGUAGUUGCGGCCCACCUUUUUAUUUUUUUCCUCAUGUUGCUCUCUGUCUCCUCAUUCUGAAGAGGAGGGGCGAAGGAGGUGGGCCUUGACCCUAACUGCUGAACACAGGAGACUGGCAGAGCCAACCUCCUCCUCUCCUACAACACAAAUCCCCAUCUCCUGAUCUGCUUUUCCCUCAGUCUGGAACCACCGUCCGGACGUGAGGGGAGGUGAGGCUGGAGCAGGCCGGGGUAACAGGAUGCCUCCAAGAUACCACACCGUAAACACUGCUGAUGACUCUUCCUCCUUCUCCCCCCCACUCUCCUCUCCACUGCUGCUCCUCCCCUCUCCACCAUCUCUGGGAAAGACUGAUCGAAGCAAAUCUGGACGCAGCGGAGACCAGUUUUGAGCGAAACUGAGAGUGGGUGUGGCACAACGGAGCAAAUCUAUUGACAAUGAAAAACAGACUGACUUGAGACGAACACCAGACACUUUUUGUUUUUUUUGUUGUACUCUGAGGCAGACUGCAACUUUGGGACUCGUCAAAAGACCCCACUCCUCAAAGACUUUGGGUCUUUUCUCUUUUUCCAAUUUCAAAAAACAGAUUUCGUACAAAAGAUAUAUAAAUAUAUAUAGAAAAAUUAAGGAACUAUUGUGAUUGACAUGUCCAGAGCAGAAUGGCAGGUUGAAAUGAGGACAUGUUUUCUGAGCUGAGAUUAGAACUUGUUGUACUCCUUCACCGUUUGAAUCUUUUCAUACCCAUCAAGAGUAUUGAGAGAGAUGUUUCAGUUUCACAUUUGUACAUUAUUCUAAUUAACAAAAAGCAAAAGAUGUUGAAAUUUCUCUCCAAUGUACACAUGCAAACACAUACACACACAUAUACAUGCAAGACACACACACUCUCAAAUGUGUACAGAAAACAAGUCGCAAUGAAUAUCACCCACUAUUCCAGGUUGGAUUUGUUUUCCUUUUUUUUUCUUUGUUUUUUUCUUUUUCUUCCAAGAGAAUGGGGAAAAAAAAUGAUUGUAUGAACUUGGUUGUAUGAUAUGGUCACAGGUCCUUUCAAGAAAUCAAAUUAAUGAAGAUUCAUUAUUAAGGUGUAUUUUAAGUAGCCUUUGAGUUUGUGUAUAUAAGCUGUAUUCAUUUCUUUAAAACUAUGAAGAGUUUUAGGCUUCACCUGAUUUUUUUUUUAAGAAUACCUUUUAUGUGUUUUGUUUAUAGGUUUGUGAUUCAAGAGAAAAAAAAAGACAUUUUGAGCACAUUUUACUGAAGGAAGUUCUUUCAUGUUUUUGUGUCCCUACUCAAUAGUGGACAGACCCUUCACCAAUCACUGGCUGUUCAGAAUGUGGCUUUCACAAACAAUUUCAACCCUUUUUUGCCCCCUUUUUGUUUUUAAAAGCCUGUUUUUUAUGUACAGUAGAUAACAAAGUAGCACUCCUGUCGGGGCAUAGCUUUUUUGGCCAUGUAGCAGAAAGAGAAGGUGUUCCCUAAAAUGGUGAGUUCGGUGCCAUCUUGUAGCCUCGUGGGCUAAAAGACGACAGCUCAGCUUCAAAGAGAAUUAAAAUGUGAAGAAAUGGUGUACAUACACUCUGUAUUAAACACGAGUAAUUCUCAGCCCUCUCCGAAUGGAUCAAUCUGCAGUGGACGGGAGACGAUUGUAGUGGCCCCUCUGCUCUGUCAGUGGUCAGACAAGUGAAGGUCCCAAAUGUGAUGUUUGUCAGCUAAGUCCUCACAAAUCCCACCCCCACCACCUCCGCCUGGCAACCUGUGGUAGAAACAAGUAUGACUUUAUGCCGGAUCCAGAGCAACCUCGCGCCCUGUGACUCACUUUACACCAAAACGCCUUCACCAUUAACACACGUCAUCAAGACCAUCAUUACUGUACACACACCAAUGUCUCAGGAAGGAAUCAUUUUGUGUGCUUGGCCUGUUAUUUGUAUAUGUUCUGUGCUGCACCCCCUAAAGCCUCCGAUCACAGAUGCACAUGUACACUCACUUCUGCUACUGAGCCCCUGAAUUUUUCUUCAGUCACUCACUUUUGUUAGGCCUGGCAGACCAGGACUUUAUGCAGAGAGACGCCGACCCUGACCCCCGUCAACGUUACACACAUAGGAUGCCAGUGUGGAGUCUCUCUGAGUCGUUCAUGUGUACUUUUUUUAUUUGUACGGUCAAAGCUGCUUUCAUCAUUUAGGACUUUAACCUGUCCAGAACAGCGCACAAGUUUUCCCUCCACAGCUAAUCUGGAAUAGCAACAGACACACCGUCAGUUUGAGAAGUAUGGAAUAUGUUGCAAUUUUGUCAAGAUUAUCAAGCGACUUUGAAAAAAAAGACAAAACAACAAAAAAAGAUAAAAAAAUAAAAACCAACAUUUAAUAAUUAAA